AUGGCAGACACAGAGGAGCCUCGAUUCAACACUCUCGCCGAGAGGAUUGCUGCCCUCAACAAGCAGAAGAACUUCAAUGGCAAUGGCUCUGCAGAGCCACCACGCAAGCGGCCCCCACCACCAGCACCUCCAGUUCGACCAACAAAUCCGAAAAGAAGCGAAACUGCUCCAGUGCCUGCAAAUACGGCCAGCGAAUCCCCUCAACCGUCAGUCCCUACAAGGCCAGUAAGAGGAAAUGGACCUCCUCCACUACCUCGACGAGAUACCCAGACGUCAAUCGCCAGCAAUGAAUCCUCAGCGACCAAAGUCGCAUCCCUUCCCCCUCCAUUGCCAGGAAGAGCAGCAACCUCUCAGACUCCUCCUGCCUUGCCUCGACGGACUUCAACGCAGUCAAAUACAUAUCUUUCCACGCGCCGGAACUCGGGCUCUUCCGAGAUUUCGCAACAUUCAACUCUAUCAACGUCGUCAUUAGGGCGAACGACAUCAUCAAACACAAGCUACACAUCCAAUGGAAGCGCAACACGAAAGAUGAUGGCGCCUGCUACUUGCGAUCCGGCAAAUUUGCCUCCUCUCCCUCCGUCGAAACGUGAGCUAGAAGCCAAGGCUAAGGAGGCCGCGGCUCAAGAAUUCGCAAUCAAGGACGCAGCCGCAAAAGACUACAGAGUCAAGCAAGCCGCCAAAGCCCAGGAAGCCCGAGCUGAGAGUUACACGCCAUCUCCAGUACAGCCUGCUCGACCAAGUUUACCACCACGGCUUCCAUCAAGACCCGCCAAGCCUCCUACUCCAGCGUCAGCUCAAUCAAUUCCUGCCUCAGACGCCGAGGCUGAAGAAGUUAAGCCAGCUCCCCGCAAACUUCCAUUCGGCACCAUCAAGGGAUUCUCUACGGGGCAAGCAGCGAAAGCGCCGACGCUGCCAAACCAGCGACCACAAAUUCCUUCCAGACCAUCUGCCGAUUCCGAGGUCAACGGGAACGAUACGCCGCCUCCGGUGCCGCUGUCUUCGAGGCCCUCAGCGGCGCAGAUCCAAGCUGCGUCAGCCCGGGCUACAACUGCCACAACAAACGGUGAGAACAAGGCCAACAGCACCAUUGGAUGCUGGGUGUGCCGAGAUUGGAGUGGUCCAGACACCGUGGCAGCACAGUUUCCACGGCAAUCCCUACCUCGUAAUGAUCCCGUCGGCCAUCUUGCUCGAGGUUUGUGCGAUCCAUUUCCAUCGUAUGACGACAAGGCAAGAGCCAUUUUUACAUGGUGUCAUCACAACAUAUCCUACGAUACUGUAUCCUUCUUUGGCAACAAUGUGAGGCACAUGUCUGUCGAAGACACUAUCUUCAGCGGCUUAGCAGUGUGUCAAGGCUACGCAGAGGCAUUCAAAGCCGUUGCCAACAGAGCAGGGCUGGAGUGCGUGGUUGUUGGUGGACAUGGGAAGGGCUUUGGCUAUGCGCCUUUGAAGAAGGGCGAGCGCCCACCGCCAGCAAAGCCCGACGGACACGCUUGGAAUGCUGUCCGAGUAGAUGGUGGUUUCUGGAAGCUUAUCGAUGCCUGUUGGGGAGCCGGGCACAUAUGCGAAGCUGCAAGCUUGUACAAGAAGGAGUUCUCUCCUCGCGAGUUUACUUUGACUAAUGAAAAAUUUGGUCUCCGACACUUUCCCCAGGACUCCCGCCUUCAAUACAGGGGUGACGGGCGCACAAUAUCCUGGGAAGAGUACUACACUGGAGGGAUGGAUGGCGAGCCACACCAAUGGUAUGGCACCGGGAAUAACGAGGGCAUUGCGGAGGAUUCGGUGGAGCCCAAGGCUCGUGACAUUUCUGUGUACAGCGGCCAAAUCGUUCGUUUCCAAUUCUCCCACGUUUGCGAGCACUGGACCUCAGAGAAGGCUGGGCUGGGUAAGCCUGCCCUGUUCCUGCUCAGUAUCCAUGGAGUUGAUGGACGGAAAGAUGAGACCAUCCCGAUUGAGACCAACGGCUACUGGAACUGGGUGGAUGUCAAUGCCCGAGACCUGGGAGCGCCGGGUCAAACUGUGGAAAUUCUCAAACUCGAGACGAUGGACAACAGGGAUGCUCGGGGCGUCACGGCACAAGAGUUUCAAUCGAAGAAGGGCAGAGUAGGGAUGUCGUGGUCCUACAUUGCCAAGUGGAAUUUGGUAUAA